AUGGUCACCAACACACCUAUCCUCCACACUCCGCGGAGCUGGGGCUGGGGAGGUUCCGGAGCAAGUGACACUAUAUUACUGCACGUUUUGAGGUUGAACGAGGGCGAUGAUUUGGAGCGGUCCAAACAUCGUACGACUCCGAGGCCAGAUAUGGAGGUUCGAGCUUUCGAGUCCCGCCAUAACUUCCCCGUUCAUUCUUCACAAGACGACAUCUCCUUGUUCAACUCUCCCAACGUGGAUGUGGGGAGCAGGAGCAGGAACACCAAUUUUCUGUUCCUUACCCUGGUGCUGGCUGGUGUCGUGGUCCUAAGGGAAGAGUCGGACACACGGACGGAAGAAGAAACGAUACAAUCGCACCACCAAGCUUGUCUCCUGCCUUACCCGCCCCUGCUUACGCUUGUCUAUACUGCUCUGGCUCGCGCCCGCCAGUGGUACUACCUACGGGGUCUCCGUUCGUUAUACUGUGGCCCCAUUGCCUCCACAGACACGGGUUCACCAUUCGUUUCUACACAUCCUGGGUCUCCAUUCGCUUCCACAGGCACGGGCCCUCCAUUCCCCCAAGCUCCAAUUGAUACAGCAAGACUGCACGAGUUUGGAUACCGCCAUGCGCCUCUACCUUCAUCUUCCGUCCCAACGGGACCUCCUCAUCCGGUGCAAUUACGAUCCCGUUGGGCCUUGUUGCCCAGGCCAACCACAUGGACGUCCCCCUCCUCUCCUGCUGCAGAACGGAUAAACUCUCGUGGACCCCCCUCUUUCCAGUGCUGUUGUGGGUGGGGGAAGGAGGAGAGGGCGUUGCGACGUGUGACGGACACAGCAUCAGUGAUUUAUCAUCCUGGACUGCGGCGUAGUGCUGGAGUUGGCGUUGGGGGUUUGGGUGGGGUUUGUGACGUGCCUAUGGAUACGAAAUUCCAAGGGAUACUUCAAGUGUGGAGUGCGAGAGUGCAGACUGUUCGGGAGAUACCUCUGGCGCCGAUGGAGACAUUCAGACGGAAAUUGAAGGAAGCUGCGACGCCGCUUCAUCACCACUGUCCAGGGACGAGGACGGCCAUGGUGGACCUCCUUCUCUCCCACCGUCUCACACGACUAAUAACUACGUCGCGGUCUGCUGGCGCUGAUGCCGGUGUUGGAGGAAGUACAAAUGGAAUCGGAGGCAUUGCAGCUUAUGGACCUACCGAACAGAAACAUGCUCAAGACCCUGGUCCCGGCGAUACUUCCCUCACCCCCUUCAACGACUCAGACCUCACCCCCCCUCGCCUCAAACGACUCAAACUCAGACUUGAUUGCCCUCCGGUAGCACUCGACCCGCCAAAAAGCGCAGGACCAACGGGGUGUUGGGUAUCGUGGGGAGGUCUGGGGCGGCGUGAGGAGGCUGUGGAGGAAAGGGAGAAAGAGGUGCGAGGGGGCGAAGAGAAGAUUGCGGAACCAGAGCAAGGAAUUGACAAACGAGAACGGGUGCUCGAUCAGAGAGGACCCUAG